AUGGCCGAAAGCAUUGAAGAAGCAGCUAGGGGAGCGACCGAGGGGCAGGAUACCCGUGGCCAUGCUGGUACAGCUCAAAAAGAAAGAUCCGUUAUCCUCUCAGAGCCUUUAUAUGUUGGGAUAACCAACAAACCCAAAGGACCUCCGGACGCCUACAAGAUGACUUCGAAUCCCCGAGGCCUAGCACUCAUCAUCAACAACAAGACAUUUAGCGGUGCAAAGGAAAGACGAGGUUCGGAUGUUGAUACGGUCAAGAUUGGGGACCUAUUCGAUCAAUUGCAUUUCCGCGUCAUACCCGAAAAGGACCUCAAUCUAGAUGUGAUGAAAAGGAAGCUGGAGGAUUUUGCAAAUAUGCCCGACCACCAGGAGAGCGACUGCUGCGUCGUUGUCAUCAUGAGUCACGGAUAUCAGGCCCCAGACUCCAAUCUCGAUGGAGCAUGGAGACCCUUGUUGGGUCAGCCUGGGUCCUCCUCCGUGCCUUGUCCUUAUGUGGUUUUCUCCUCGGAUGACAAGGAGCUUGAGGUGGAAUGGAUAAUUCAAACGUUUACAGCAAUUAAAGCCUUGAAAGGGAAACCUAAGCUCUUCAUCAUCCAGUCUUGCCGGGGAGGCAAACCACAAGACGGGGAUGGGGUGAGGAACUUUGUAGAAACAGAUAGCAAGAAAUUGAGAAUGGUUCUCGAUGCUGAUGACAUUUUCGUUGCCAAUUCCACCAUACCAUAUCAGUCGGCCUACAGAGAUACGCAAGAAGGAGCAUGGUUCAUCCAGUCCAUCUGCCACGUGUUUGCAGAGUCCGCUCAUUGCAAGGACUUAAAGCAUCUCAUGGAAAAGGUCCAUAAUCGGGUUGCUGACCACGAAGGACCCAAAGGACAGAAACAGAGCGCCGAGCUGUGGAUCAGGGGUAGAACAAAGGCAUUGUACUUCAAUCCUGGUAUUGUCCCUUGAGAAGUAAACUGCAUCUGACAGAAUAAAAAAGGGUGAG